CUCUGAAAGCUGCAGAAGAUCGUUCGUAUGGAUUGAUGAAGAACCUCUACGUUGACCAAAGUGAGAUUCAGAAAUUGGUGAUUUUGCACAAGCAGAUCGCUGGACCCAGUGGCCCUGAUCCCUAUGAGACAGCAUGCACAUGGCUCAAAGACAACCGAGAGAUUUGGUCUGCAUGGGUUCCUGACAAGACCCUGUGUCCUGAGGGACGAGGGCUCGUAGAUGCGAAUGGGCAACUUGUUCUGGAUAGAAGUCAGGCAGUGGAAUGUGCCACUUGCCCUGCCGGGCACACCUCGGAGAAGAGCGAGGGCACCCGAGUGUGCGUGCAGUGUUGCUGGGCCAAGAAGCCUUCGGUCCUCAAACACGGCUGGCCAAUGCUGGCCAUGAAAUGCACAUAG